AUGGAAAUGCUGAUGGCAGAUCUGCUUGUUCCAGAACGGUUUCUGCCAACCGACGAGGACUUAUGUCGCUGCGCUCUCAAGCUACAAGAAUCGCCGCUGUUCGAGACCCACGGUGACUACAUCCGUCGGCAAUUUGUCCAAUGUCUGCUCGAGGAGGAUGAACCCGACACCAUUCUGACUUCGACGACGUUCCUGAUCGCCGACGCACAAACUCAUGAAAGUACUUAUGAACUGUUGAACGAGGAAGGGGCGUUUCCCAGACUGGUCGAUCUCAUAUCGAGUCCACAGCAACAUGGCCACGAACCGCUUCAUCGACUGCUGAUGGAGCUGCUUUAUGAGAUGUCGCGCAUUCAGAAGAUAAGGAUUAGUGACCUUUCACAUGUCAGCGACGACUUUGUCAAGAUGCUGUUUGAGAUCAUAGAACAGGUUUCCGACGAUGUGAACGACCCCUAUCAUUAUCCUACAAUUCGUGUUCUGCUUGUCUUGAAUGAACAAUACAUGGUCGCGGCACAUGAUCCCGUCAACGGCCCAAAUACCACCCCUUUAACCAACAAAGUCAUCAAGGUCCUCUCCGCCCAUGGCAGUGAGUACAAGACUUUUGGUGAGAACAUUAUAUUGCUACUGAAUCGUGAAGAUGAAACUUCUUUACAAUUGUUGACCCUCAAGCUACUCUACCUCUUGUUUACCACCCCGUCAACCUAUGAAUACUUCUACACCAAUGACCUUCGAGUAUUGGUGGAUAUCUUGCUCCGAAACCUGCUGGAUCUUCCUGAGGAGGCGGUUUCGCUUCGCCAUACGUAUUUGCGUGUCCUUUAUCCUCUUCUCGAGCACACUCAACUACAAUAUCCUCCCCACUACAAACGGGACGAGAUCCGCAAAGUGUUGAUGGUACUUGGAGGUGGCCAAAUAGCAGACUGCAAUGAGCAGGAAAAUGGCGGGCUAAAUCCUUGGAGUCAUUUUGAUCUGGUGGAUGAGACCACACGCCGACUGGUCAAGCGAUGCGAAGGAGUGAGCUGGCUGACGGAUCCGGAGACCGAACCUCUGACGCAAGUCAUAUCGCCUACCGACGAAGCAGCAUCCGACACUUCACUUCCGGCGUCGCCAUCCAAGGGCAAACCACCGGCACUUCCGGCACCACGAAAAUUAAAGAAACGGCACUCUUCCAAGGGCUCCACACUGACUGUCGGCCAGUAUCUCACUCCACAGUUGGAAGGUGCCAGGCAGUCAAGCCUCAGUAUGAUGGAGGUGGCGGCACAAAGGGAGAAACCCGGGGUUAUCACUCCUAGUCGAAAUCCGAGCCUGAAGCAGAACCUGCGAGCCGCCAUCAUGCAUAAGAAGGAAAGACCUCCCCCACCGCCCCAGGCCAGACGCUCGGGUUGGGGACGGCCAAACUUACGAAGCCAUGCGACCGACGCGAAGGUUGCCAAGGCAGGAAUUACAAUUACGGAACAGGCAAAACCUGAACCUGAACCUGUGUCCCAUGACGUGCAACAGCAGGGGAAUCAGGCGAGACGGUCCUCAUUGGGAGCGUUAUCCGACCAACAGAAAGAAAAGGCUACACCGACCCAUCACGAACCCCCGCCAGUGCCGGCCAACCAUAAAGGACACUUCAGAAAACCACCGCCGACCCCCAAGGCGCGCCGUUGGCGGGUGAAGCGUGGUAAAGAAGAGGACGGAAGCAAUGGUACGAAUGGAGCUAGAGAGCCUGGCAAGUUUAGCUCGAAUCUGCCUUCGAUAGUGACUACUACCGUUAAGGGAGAGCAUUUCACGGAACAGAGUCCAUUUUCGCCUCACGAAGAGACAUUCAACCCUGGCGACCUGGCCUCGACAGGAACAGCGGACAGCAAUGUGAAGUUGGCGGUCAGUCAAGCAUUGGAGAACGCGCAGGCGCAGGUUGUGGAGGCUGUCACAGAUACGCUGGAACAUGUUGAGCUGGAUGUCAGCAAAAAGGAUAACGCCGAUGGUGGCAAGGGGGCCAACAACAGUGAACUGAAAGAAAGAACGGGAAACACUACCCGAGAGGACGAUGGACAUGCAAUCGACUCCAAACAGCCAUAUGAGGACGACGACCUUGCCCGCACCAGCAGCAACAUCGGCAAUGGCGAGCACCAGCAACCCCAGACCCAAUCACGAGAAGAUGAGGAAGUAGUCCCCUUUCACGACGCCGUGUCGAAGCAACCGGAACAGCAACAGCAACAGCAGGUUUCAGAGGCCGGGCGGAUGCCAUCAUCGCGGUCUUGGUCUCGAUCUCCUCACCCUCCUCGACCAGGGCCUCCGCACGACUUUGAAAUCACUGUCACUUCCGAAGAAUAUGGAGACGGGGAUGCCAGUUUGUCCGUACCAAUCGGCAAACCGUCGACAAUACAAACUCCACAAAUGGUCCUCACCCCUCCCGCGCAAGGACCGCUCCGUGGCGUUCCUGGACCACAGUAUGAACUUGAGCGGAGUCCCUUUUUGACUGAUGAGGAUGACGAUGAUGAUGAAGUCGAAGUCGAAGUGGGGGCUGGUAGGGAAGUUGAGGUCGAGGUCGAAGUAGAGUUGCAUACGGAGACAGAGGCGGAAACGGAAGAGGGUGAUGAUGGAGGUGCCCCUCUUGACGUUAGACGGCUUGAAGAAGUGAAUACAAUUUGA